AUGACGACCGGAGUCAAGGUCCCGAGUGCCCUGACCAAAGCCGAGUGCCUAAGCGAGCUCAAGACCUUCAAUCUGGCAAUGUCAUCAGACUUGAGCCUGCAGGAGUUGCGCUCCCUCGUCAAGCAGACCCGCGUCCAGGAGGGCCUCAUGUCCGAUCGCAAGAACCCAACACCUACCCUGAUGUCCAAGAUCAAGCGUUUUUCGCUCACCGACCUCAAGGCGAUGGCCAACGAGGAUGAGCAUGGAGCCAUGAGACUCUACAUGAAACAAUGGCUACUUCGCAACGGCUCCCACGAGACCAUCGUCCGCUUGUGCAUC